AUGUCCAAGGUCUCGUCCUCUCAAAUCAGAGAGCAUGUCAAGGAAUUGUUGAAGUAUUCCACUGAAACCAAGAAGAGAAACUUCUUGGAAACCGUCGAGUUGCAAGUCGGUUUGAAGAACUACGACCCUCAAAGAGACAAGCGUUUCUCCGGUUCUUUGAAGUUGCCAGUCUGCCCAAGGCCAAACAUGUCCCUUUGUAUCUUCGGUGACGCCUUCGAUGUCGACAGAGCUAAGUCUAUCGGUGUUGACGCCAUGUCUGUCGAUGACUUGAAGAAGUUGAACAAGAACAAGAAGUUGAUUAAGAAGUUGUCCAAGAAGUACAACGCCUUCGUUGCUUCCGAAGUCUUGAUCAAGCAAGUUCCAAGACUUUUGGGUCCUCAGUUGUCCAAGGCCGGUAAGUUCCCAACCCCAGUCUCUCACAACGAUGACUUGUACAGCAAGGUCACCGAUGUCAGAUCCACCAUUAAGUUCCAAUUGAAGAAGGUCUUGUGUUUGGCCGUUGCCGUCGGUAACGUCGAGAUGGAAGAAGACGUCUUGGUCAACCAGAUCUUGAUGUCCAUCAACUUCUUGGUCUCCUUGUUGAAGAAGCACUGGCAAAACGUCGGCUCCUUGGUCAUUAAGUCGUCCAUGGGUCCAGCUUACAGAGUCUACUAA